AUGAUGCUGUUAGGUGCUAUGGUCGGUCAAGAUCCUGAUCACAGCCCCAAAGUCGCAGACCUCGCUAGCAUUAACGAAAUACCCGGAAAUAUGCCUGCUCCGACCAAGGAGAACAAAAGGACCGAGGCCAAUGGUCAGACUGGCGCCAAUGGCACCAUUCCGCCCCCAAAGACGGACAAACCCAGACCGCACGUCUGUACCACUUGUGGUCGCUCAUUCGCGCGAUUGGAGCACUUGAAGCGUCAUGAGCGCUCCCAUACUAAGGAGAAGCCAUUUGAAUGCCCCGACUGCGCACGAUGCUUUGCCCGUCGCGAUCUGCUGUUGCGACACCAGCAGAAGCUGCACAUGACUUCAACCCCGUCCUCGCGGCCUAGGAAUGGUCGCCGGGAGAGUACAGGCGCCGCCCCGCCUGGCGCGGGUGCCAAUCGUGUUCGCAAGAACUCCAUCGCUAACAGUUCAUCAUCUAUGCGUCCCAGGGCAAACACCAUCAGUCACAUCGGUGGGUCUGCCUUGGGACUGCCUGAGGGGGCUAACCCGUCCUCUGCCCCAAGCCAAUCGGGCCAUGCCUACCACCCCAGUUUAGGAUCAUCGGUCGGAUCAAGCAUGGACUAUCGAGGAUUCAGCUCUGGACACCCCCCGGUGAACGGACUGACCAAGCUGGAAACGUCUGGGCUCCCCAUGGAUAUGUCCGGUGGCCUGCGUACAGCUCCUGUCUACGGUAGCUUCGACAUGGGCAUUGAUGGGAUGCUCAUGGGCCAUGGCAGCACUAUCAACCCGGCGCAACUACACUUUGCAGGUUCUCCCCCGGGUUUUGGUGACUCGCCGUCUUCCCCGUUCGGUCAUAAUGCUCAUGGCAUGCACCCCGCGACGGACCCUAUGAUGGACGAGGAGAUGAACUUUGACUGGAUGAAUGGUUUCGACGCGGCCGUGGCACUCGGGAAUGGCAAUGACUCGGUCAUCGACGAGUCUUCCCCCUCUGCGAUGAGCACAGGCAGCCAGAGCGGGAUUAGCGAGGCCAUGCUAGAUGGUCCCAACCGUAUUCCCAUCUCUAAUGGCUGGCAUAAUCCGUUCCCUUCGCACGCGGCCACCAACCAAUUCGCGAUUGACUUCUCCCCGAACACGCUGAACGAAUUGGGGAUUCCCCCAGAGACUGUGUCGCCCAAGUCACUGAUGGCUCAGAACCCAUUUGCUGAUACCUAUGCCACGCCUCCAUCCAUGACCUCGGUCGGCCAGCCCAUCAUGGGAGGACAUUCGCAGAGUAUGUUUUCAUCCUCUAUGGCAGCAAACGGAGAAUCUCCUAAUCCUCUCAACGUUCCUUUCCCGAAUAGUGCCCUUCGAAGUCAACAUUCCCCAGUCUCAACGGAUACCUUUACAGACUCCACACGACAGGCUUUGUUAGCGAGCAUGUCGCAACCAACUGGUUUCAGUCACCGCAAGUAUUCCCAGCCCGCGAAUGGCCUCCUGAGCAGUCGUGAAUUGUUCGCCCGUUCGACUGGUUUCAACAGCUCCGGUCAACUGCCAAGUACCUCGGAUAUGCAACGUUAUAUUUCGGCUUACAUUACUUAUUUUCAUCCGCACAUGCCUUUUCUUCACAUCCCGACCCUCAAUUUCCAGGCUCCAGAGUACACCAGCAACUUGCGCACCCCCAGCGGACAUCUCAAUCUUAGUUCCACCGGUGUUGCUGGGGGUGGAGGCUGUCUGAUCCUCUCGAUGGCAGCCAUCGGUGCACUUUACGAAUAUGACUCUGCGGCUUCAAAGGAUCUGUUUGAAGCCGCAAAGAAGAUGAUCCAAUUAUACCUCGAAGAGCGAAGAAAGGCCGACAUGUCUGCCGCCUUGAGUCGUUCGAGCUCUAGCCGGGAUAAUUCAGUGCACAAUACCCCUCUCUGGCUGGUGCAAGCGAUGCUAUUAAAUGUGAUUUAUGGUCACACCUGUGGCGAUAAAACUUCCGCAGAUAUCGCCAGCACACAUUGCGCAGCACUAGUUAGCUUAGCGCGUGCUGCGGAAUUGACACACCAUCUGGAUCCCAAGAAUCUUCCGCAAGACCAUCUCAAUGCAAACUUGAACAAUGCGUCCUCCGAUGCCGAUUCUCCCGAUACCGAGGAUUGGAUGUCGCCCUCGUACGGUCAACCAAAAGAGCGACGUGACUGGUUGAAUUGGAAAGUGGUGGAGGAAAGGAAGCGUACUCUCUACGCCAUCUUCGUUCUCUCCAGUUUUCUCGUCUCUGCGUACAACCACGCGCCGGCGCUCACAAACUCCGAGAUUCGACUUGACCUGCCCUGUGAAGAGGAUGUAUGGGCUGCUGAAUCGCCCCAGGCGUGGAAGAAGAUGGGAGGCUUCACGGCAUCGACAAAGAGCGUCUCUUUCUCGUCCGCUCUCACAUCUCUUCUGACCGCCAGUCAACGCGAGCAGCAGCACCAGUCAUCAAAUCUCUUCUUCAGCGAGGACCCCACUACAAGUCCUGAAAGCCGACCUAGUACUUUCGGCUGCCUCGUUCUGAUCUACUCGCUACACAACUAUAUCUGGGAGACUCGGCAACGGCACAUGGGCCGACAGUGGACUGCGCAGGAAACUGAGGCCAUGCAAUCUCAUAUUGAGCCGGCCUUGCGAGCCUGGCAAGCAGCAUGGGCAAGCAAUCCUGUUCACAGCCUAGAGCGGCCUAAUCCAUUCGGCGCGGGACCCUUGUCGGCGGAUAGCAUUCCUUUGUUGGAUUUGGCAUAUGUUCGGUUGUUUGUCAAUCUUGGUCGGACAAAGGAAGCCUUCUGGCAACGCGAUUGGAAUGGAAUGGCAGAUGAGCUGGCCCGGGGCGCAGAAGUGUUUCAGCACAUGGAUACUACUGGCAUGGGAGACAUGGUGGACCCUUCUCUCAGCUCGUUGGGGGACCGACGGGAAUCAAUCAACGAUCUCGGCGUCGGCGAUCUGGCGAUCUCCAACACGCCGACGCAAGAGCAGCCCAUGCAAACACUCUCCGGUGUAUACAAGACUGGUCAAUCCAAGCGUGAAAAGCAUCUUCGCAAAGCUGCCUUCUAUGCCGCCGAUUCCAUUUCCAUGUCCGACCGUCUUGGAAAUACGUUCGCCGAGUUCUCGUCCCGAGAAUUACCCAUCCAGUGCGCGAUGUGCGCUUUCGACUGCGCGCAGGUACUGGCUGAGUGGAUCACGACUGUUCAAGAGCGGGUGGGGCCGUACCUCGGAAUUCUGGGCCGUGAGGAGGUUGACCUCACCCAGGUGCCCGGGGUGAUGUUACUUGAGGAUGAAGAUUGCAAGCUGGUGGAUAAGAUUAAAGAGAUCCUGGCAAGCAUUGAAAGAAAGAUGCAACGUCAGGUGCAGAACAGUAAUUCCAUGUCUGCUCUGAGUGUGAUGCAACGGCUCCCCAGCGUGGUGGAAGGUGGAUACGGCUGUAAAAUAUUGAUUGCGACGGCGAGUCUCCUAGAACGGGCUGCUGUCUGGCCAGUGACAAAAUUGAUGGCCCGCUCCCUAGAAGCACAGGCCAUGCGAAUGAAAGAGCGAGCCGACCACUCCGUUAUGAUGAGCACCUAA